AUGGACUCUAUUCUCACGAGGGGCUCGAAUGGCCUGGAGGUUCGUGUUCAAGAGCUUUCUACUUUUCGUGCAGCAUUUGUCUCCGUUGCCGUCUCUGGCAUGGUGUUCAUCAGCAGUCUCUCUACAGGCUUACUGGCUACCGGACUACCCAAGAUCGCCGCCAACCUCGGACUACCUGACGCCUUGAUUCUGUGGCCUGCCAGUAUCUUCGGACUCACUUGUGGUUGCUCGCUCAUUUCCAUCGGCUCCGUCGCCGAUGUCAUCGGAGCUGGCCCAGUCUACCUCUUCGGUUGUGUCUUUCUGAGCCUGAGUUUUCUCGCUUGUGGACUUGCAAGAAGCGGCACCGAACUGAUCAUCUUUCGUGGCUUCCAGGGCGUUGCAGCGAGCUGUUGUCUUCCUACCGCGAUCAGCAUUCUCACCGAGAUAUUUCCACAAGGUCGUCAACAGACACGAGGGCUGGCCAUCCUUGGCGCAUCGCAACCUCUGGGUUACUCGGCGGGACUCUUCCUUGGAGGUGUGCUGGUCGACUCGAUCGGCUGGCGCUGGGGCUGGUACAUCGCUUCGAUACUGAGUAUGGUUGUGUUCGGUAUCGUUUAUCAAGCUGUACCUGGACUUCGCAAGCAGAUGCCUCUUGACACCUGGCGGCGUCUUGCUUUAGGAAUCGACUGGAUUGGAGCACUUAUCGCCAGUGCCUGCCUGGGAUUACUCUCAUAUGUUCUAGCCGUCACUGCGAGCAAAAGAUCACACAUCGGCGAAGUUCAGAACAUUAUUCUUCUCGUUAUUGCUGCCUUGCUCAUACCAGCCUUUCCGGUGUGGAUGGCGCGAAGAACGAAGCUCAACAAGAAGGCACUCAUACCAAAUUCCGUCUGGCAAAGCAUACCCUUUGCAUCCACCUGUGUUAUGCUUUUCCUCGUCUCUGCUGUAAUCAACUGUGGAGAGUAUUUCUUCAGUCUCUUCUUCCAGGAGGUGCAGCUGCUAUCCGCACUGCAAGCUUCACUCCGGUUUCUUCCCAACGUCAUCAUUGGUAUCAUGAUCAGUUUCGGGACAGAUGCCGUUCUGCAUAAAUGGGACGCGUAUCGCUACGUCACGGCCAUGUUAUUGAUCUCGUGCGUCGCGCCUCUGCUGAUGGCUCUGAUGGAUCCGGCGUGGUCAUACUGGUACAUGGCGUUCUGGGGCAUGCUCUUGCUGCCGUUUGCUGGCGACGUUCUAUUUAUUGCUGGUGCCUUGAUCAUCACGGAUAGCUUUUCGGCCUCAGACCAAUCACUGGCAGGAUCGAUCCUCAAUACCGCCUUCCAAUUCGGAAGUUCUGUAGGCUUGGCCGUGAUGGCUGUCAUUUCAACCAGCGUAUCUGAUGCUUCAUCUCACUCUGAUGAGCAUCGUACUCACGCAUUACUGGAAGGCUAUCGUGCUGCAUUUUGGUCACUCCUCGGUCUCGCGGUGCUGUACUGUUUUGUCGGAGCGAUAGGGUUGCGUGGAAUCGGCAAGAUUGGACUGAAAAAAGAGUGA